UCAGCCCCCACCGGGGGGGGCCUUAUCGAUAACUGAAACAGUUGGCAGCAAACAAAACAAACGGACGGGGCAAAAAUGAAAACGUAAAUUUAUUUUAUUGGCGAACGGAAGAAACCAAUACAACCAAAAACCUGAGUCAAAGCCGCCUACGCAGAUAACAGGCACUGGAACGUGUCGCGGGACGCGGGGAAAUUGCACAAAACACAAACAUAUGGAUGGAUCCAUAAACUUUCCAGAUAACGAAGCGACGAAGAAGUAAUCAGCAGCAGCGAACCCCCCGAUAAUGGUGGCCGCAAAGUACGAGCGCCUCAAUUCCCAGAGUGGAGGGGGCGGCGGCGGUUCCGGCGGUGUUGGCAGCAGCAGCUGUGCUGAUGACGAUGACUGCGAGGAAAUUGAGCUCAAUUUGGACAAGAAGGCGACGACGUCAACGACAACGCUGCAGAAUGGCAAAGAUAGACGGCUGGCUAACUUCAAAUACGUGAACAGCAGCAAUAGCAUUGGUAGCGGGCUUGGAGUCGGCGACGUAGCAGCCACGUCGGCACGGGAGAAGAUCAUGGCGCGGCAGGCGGAUGCCCGCUUUAUGCAGAUGGCCAUUGGCACCCUGGUCAUUAUUAUGAUCUACCUAACGCUCUCCAUUUCGCUGACCUUCUACCAAACGGACAUCAAUCGCGAGAUGCCAUUCCCCCUAACAAUUGUCACGUAUCACCUAAUCCUUAAAUUCAUUUUGGCUGCCCUCGUGCGUAGGAUUUAUAAGCUGCGCGUGGGUCGAUCCCGUGUGCAGCUGGAUUGGCGUGUGGCACUGAGAAAAAUGGCACCCACUGGUGUCGCCAGUGCCAUUGAUAUCGGUUUCUCCAACUGGGGAUUGGCCCUGGUGCCCAUAUCUCUGUACACAAUGACCAAAUCAUCUACCAUAGUGUUUAUACUGCUGUUUGCCAUAGCUUUAGGAUUGGAAAAGAAGAGCUGGUCUCUGGUGUUUAUUGUGGGCCUCAUUGGCGCUGGCCUGGUGAUGUUCACCUACAAGUCCACGCAGUUCAAUGCCUUGGGCUUCUUCUUCAUACUGUUUGCCUCGCUGAGCAGCGGCCUGCGCUGGAGUUUCGCACAGUUUAUUAUGCAAAAAUCAAAACUGGGGCUGCACAAUCCGAUUGACAUGAUCUACUACAUGCAGCCGUGGAUGAUUGCCUCGCUGCUGCCGCUUGUUUGUGGCAUUGAAGGUGUAAAGCUUUACGAUGUGGCGGAGAACCUAAAGAUAUAUACGACGGAUGAAAUAACGUGGGCCAUUGCCAGGAUAACCUUCGGGGCACUGCUUGCGUUCCUCAUGGAGUUCACCGAGUUCUUGGUGCUGUGCAAGACCUCCAGCCUGACGCUUUCGAUAGCGGGUAUAUUCAAGGACAUCUGCCAGCUGUUCCUGGCCGUCACCCUCAAAAAGGACCAGCUGAGUCCCAUCAACUAUGUGGGUCUGGUUGUCUGCCUUGCGGGCAUAGCCUGCCAUCUGUGGCACAAAUACUCCACCAUGGCCGAUGCGGAGAAGCAUCAAAAGGACCUGCAUCUGGACAACGACCGUGACGAUUUGUCGGCGGAGUACAACUUCAAUGAGGGAGGAGCUGGUGGCGGCGGCGGCGGUGCAGACAAUUCCAUUGCGGGCAUCCAUGUGAGAUCCCACUCGACGUUGACGGUGCCAUUGCUGGAGCAAACCGAUUCCGAGGAUGAGUCGGGCAAUGAUCUGAACAACAAGCAGAAUUCCUCCGAUGUCAUAUUCGAUGUGCUCAAGCGACGCGAUAUGCAGCGAUGAGGCGAGGCGAGGCUGCCCGGACCUGCGCGCCUGGACGUUGUGCUGUAAAUGUUGUAAAUUCAAAAUGUUUCUGCGGAACCACUUAGGCCGAAGAUUAGUAAGAUAGUUAAUCCCCAAAUUCCACUCUCUGUCUCCCUCUUCUCUCAAACAUUCUUGCAUUUGAAAUUAGGCUAGAACUUCCCCUUUGGGAGCAAUAUCAAAUUGUAGUGUCACCCCCCCACGAUCGAUACUUGAAAAUUAUAUAUUUCCAUUUUUGAUGAUACAAA